AUGACGUGUUUAUCACCUUUACAACAACAAUAUUCAAGUUUAACCGUACUUGAUGUGUACGAUGAAGCUGCAUUAAUAGGCAAAGAUUUUGAACGUAUUAUUGAAGCCUAUGGAACAGAAACUAUUCGUGAUCUUGUACCAAAAGUAAUUCGUAUUCUUGAAUUACUUGAAUUACAAGCAGCAAAAAAUGAAAAAGAUGAAGAUGAAUUUGUUAAAAUGAAAAGUCGUAUUGAACGUUUAGAAACAGAAAAAAAUGAAACACGUGAAUUACGUGAUAAAUUUGAUCGUGAACUUGAUUUUGUUGAAGAACAAUGGCGAAAAGAGGCAGAUAAUUUAAUGGCACUUGUAUCAAAAUUACAAGAUGAAAAUCGACGAUUACGUGAUGAUCUUGAACGGAAUAGUGAUUUACAUAAUAAAUCCGAUUUACCCAGUCCAUCCGAGUGUAUCAGUAUUACUCGUGAAGAACUUUUAUGUAUAAAAAAUUUAACUGAAGAAAAUAUAAGAUUAAAGCGUAUGAUAAAAUCAAAAGAUAAAGAUUUAAUACAAAAAACACUUAAUAUAGAAGCUGUUCAAGCGCAACUUGAACGUGUUUGUAAAGUAAAUUGUACAUUACGUCAAAAAAAUACAUUUUCAGCAAAUCAAACCCAACGAUUAAUGAUUGAAAAAUUUGAUUUAGAAGUUCAACUUAAAGAAAAAGAAAAUUUCAUUCAUCAUAUGAAGGAUCGUGUUAGUGACGAACUCGUAAGUCCAAAUUCACCAACAAAUCCAAUCAAUGAUUUAACAACACUUGAAGCAAAUCAACCAAGAUUUACACUUGAAGAAUUACGUCAAGUAUUAUGGGAACGAAAUGAUUUAAAAACAAAAUUAAUGGAAGUUGAAGAAGAAUUACGAUUAUUUAAAGAUCAAGAAGAUGAUGAUAGUAAUGCACCUGUUGAAGGUCCAAUUCCAUUAGAACCUGAAGAAAAAUUAUAUGGUUACAAACGUGAUGAAUCAAAAGUUCGACAAUUUGUAAAAAUAUGCUUAUUCUUUCCUACUAUUGCUUGCUUCGCAGUUGCCUCAUUUUGCUUGCGAUCCAUAUUUCCAAUGUCGAAAAAAUCAUCAUCUCCAUUCGAACAACAUUCACCCAUCGAAUCAUCCGUGAUUCCAUCGACACCAAUACCAUUAACAUUACCUGUUAAUCAAACAUAUUCAGCAUGUGCUUCACCAUCUAUUCAUUCAAAUGCUUCAACAUCAAGACGACUUUCAGUUGAUAGUCUCUUUGGUAGUCAACGAAAAUCAAACAAACAAAAUUUUCCGUUACUUUCACCGCCACCAUCAGAAUAG